AUUUAGUAUAGUAUCAAGUUGCUUAUUGAUGUUUGAUGACUUCAUGAGGUCCAUAUUUUGUGAUUCCAGAGAAUUACAAAGAGCAAAUAUAAAUGCAGCUGACUAUUAUGAUCAAAGUGUAAAAUUGCAUAUUCAAAAUCAUAAUUGUGCUCUUAAAAUGUGA